AUGUCUCGGAAAGAUCUGCUGGAGGCAGGAGAGGCCACCGCUGUGGUGGGUGCGAUUAUAUGGCUAGCGCAAACCAUCCUGGAAACUCUUCAACCAGGAAAACUUGCCGAUUGGCUUCGUCAAGUUGGCCUCACUGCUGCCAUCGAGGAACUCAAAUCUGAGGUCGAGAGGAUGGAGACGGUGGUUAAUGGUAUCAAUGGAAGGGCGGUCGGGAACAAGCCGCUUGCUCGCUCCCUCGCUCGUGUCAAGCAGCUCAUGUACGACGCCGACGACGUGGUGGAUGAGCUCGACUAUUGCAGGCUCCAGGAGGACCAGGUCAAAGGAGUUAUGAUUUCUCCUGCUAUUGGACCGGAAGGCAUAGUUGGAGAUGGAGCAGAGCAAGUAGAUGCAUCGGCCAAUACUUCUGUUAUGCUUGCUCCUGCUACUGAGCCGGAAGGAAUGGUUGGAGAUGGAGAUAGAGAUCGAGUAGGGCAAGCAGAUGCAUCGGCCACACUGAAUAGUAGCGGCCGCAAAAACCGAUCCGAGAUGCGGGACUACUUUCAGAUUAUACCAUCUGUUAACAGAGAGCCUGCAAAAGCGAGGUGCAAUCACUGCGGCAGAGAGCUUACAUGGGGUCACGGGACAUCAGCUUUGCACAAGCAUCUCAAAAGUUGCAACAAAAAACGUUCAGCAAUUGAAGAGACGCUGAACCCUCCAAGUGUCGGCAACAGUGUACAAAAUGGUGCCACAAUUUCGACCAAUGAUUCAGACGGCAGAAAAAGGAUGAGAAUUGAGUACAAUGAUCAGGAAAUAGUUCUUGAGUUAAGAAGCAUCCGAGGCGAUGUGAUUGAGUAUCUCAAGGACUCUAUUGCAAGGUCUGAUCAGUAUCAGAUUAACAACUCAGAUACACGAGUAAGAACAUCAAGCUCUCUUCCUGGAAAGGUAUAUGGAAGGGAUGUGGAGAAAGCCAAAAUCAUAAAAGCGAUCAAAGCUACUAAGUCAGACAACAUAACUGUGCUACCUAUUGUAGGUAUUCUAGGAGUUGGGAAGACAGCUUUAGCUAAGCUUGUAUACAAUGAUCCACAUGUUGAAAGAAAAUUUGAGCGGAUAUGGGUUUGGGUGUCCAGCAUCUUUGACGAAGUAAGAGUGACAAGGGAGAUCUUAGACGUUGUUACUCUGGCUAGUCAUGAAGGAUCUCGCAAAAGAGAAAGUUAUGAAGGAGUAAGCAACUACUCGAAGGUUCGAGAGGUCUUAAAGAAACAUAUGGCAUGUCUGUCCAAAAGGUUUCUCCUAGUUCUAGAUGAUGUCUACGACUGCAUGGAUAAUUCCCAAUGGGAAGAUCUAUUGGAUGCAUUGGGAUCAAGUUGCACAAACGGCAAUGUGAUUAUUGUGACAACUAGAAAUUUGUCUGUUGCAAAAAGGCUGGCUUGUGCAUUUGGUGAUAACAAUUAUAAAGAGCAUCUAGACACCGGCCUACAAAUAUGUGCAAAGUUAAAGGGAAACCCAUUAGCAGCGAAAAGUGCAGUGGAAAUGUUAAGAGAGCAGCCUACCCUUGACCAUUGGAAAAACAUCAUUAAGAAUGGUAUUUGGGAAUCUCUGCAACUCCGUGGAGGCAUCGUGACUGCUUUGAAGAAUAUCUAUUAUCAUCUGCCCUACCAUUUACGACAGUGUUUCUUGGCAUGUUCUAUAUUCCCUAGUGACCAUCAAUUUCAUAUUGAUGGUUUGGUUUCCAUGUGGAUAUCAUCGGGAUUUGUGAAAUCUAUUGAGUCAGGAUGGGAUUAUCUCAAUGCUUUGGUCAACUCAUGUUUCUUUGAGCAGGUUGGAACAAAAGAUGACUCCGUUGGAACAAAAGAUGACUCCAUUCUACAACAAUGCUAUGUUAUGUGUGGUAUGAUGCAUGAAUUUGCGAGACUAGUUUCAAGGACCGAGUUUGCAACUAUAGAUGGUUUAGAGUGCAAAGAAGUGCUACCAACCGUGCGCCAUUUGUCAAUUCAAACUGAUUUGAUGUACCAUAUAGAUGAAUGUGAGAACAUAGUUGGUAACGUGAAGUUUGAAGAAAAAUUGCAAAGUAUAGCUUCUUCAUUAAGGAGAUUGAGGACGGUGAUCUUAGUUGGACGCUAUGAUUCUUUAUUCGUCCAGUUCAAAUCCUUCCAUACCUUUAUCUCCAAUUUGGUAAAUUGUACCCAUCUUCGCUACCUAAAACUUGAGAACAAAGGAAAAAGUGAAUCUUUGCCUAUAUCUCUAAGCAAGUUUUACCACCUUGAAAUAUUAGAUGCUGGGUGCCAAGCAAUUGUUCAUGAUAUGAGUGAUCUCAUCAGCAUGAGGCAUCUUGUUCUGACAAAAGGAGCUUGCACCCCAGCUAGAUCUGCUAGCUUCCAGAUGAUCCAUCUAGAGGAUUGUAAAGGAUGGCAAAUAAUCCCAUCUCUAGAAAGUCUAUCAUCUCUUACAAAGUUGAAGUUAAGGAAUAUGCCAGAAGUAACAGAGUUGCUAAUUCCUUCGUUAGAGGAGCUGGUGUUGAUUGAUAUGCCAAAGUUGGAAACAUGUUUCUCUAAUUCAGUGAGGGACUUGAACUCAAGUUUGAGGGUACUGGAGAUCAGGAGAUGA